ACGACAGAUACCCCAUACCCGACCUCAUCUGAUAUCCUCCACGAUGUCUCAGUCCAAGCAUAUUUUUAUCACUGGCGGCAGUGGAUAUAUUGGCUCCGUUGUCAUAUCAUUUGCUAUUCAGCAAGGCUACACUAUCCACGCGCUUUCCCGCAGUGAGGCCAGCGAUGAUAAGUUGCGUGCUCUUGGCGCAACUCCGAUCCGCGGCGAUCUCACCACCCAUUCCAUUCUCAUGAAGGCAGCACGCGAUGCUGACAUCGUGAUCUCUUUCGCCGAUGCCAAAGCCGGAAAUUGGGCUAUGACGCAGGAAGAGCGCCUACGCACCAACAACGCAGCUGUUCAAGCUCUUGCCAACGGAUUGGAGGGCAGUAACAAGACGCUCAUCGUGACCUCUGGAUCAUUGCUGGUCUCGGCGGAUGCGGAGGGUAAAGAGACGGACGAAGAAACCACGAUGUGGCCAAACUCACCAUUUGGUCAAGGCGGUGAACCCUUCGCCUUGGGUUUGGGCAAAAAGAAAGGGAUUAGAGUAUGCGUAGUGAGGUUGGCCCCGUGGGUAUACGGCCGCGGUGGAAGCGGUGUCAAGCUCUUUAUGGGCAGAUUCUCCCAAGCAGGGGAAGUGUUUUAUGUUGGUGAAGGGAACGCGCGUACUACGACUGUGCAUGUAGAUGAUGCUGCUAGGCUAUACUUGUUGGUCGCAGAGAAGGGCAGAGCGGGUGAGGUGUAUAACGCCACGUGGGAGACAAGUGUCAGUUUUCGGGAGAAGGCGGAGAGUAUGGCGAUGAUGUUAGGAAUUCCAGUGAGGAGCCAGUCGUUUGGGGAAACAGAGAAGAAGAUGGGUGUAUUUCUUGCAAAUUUUCUGAGUUUGGAGAAUAGGGCAAGCAAUCGCAAAGCGAGGCAAGAAUUGGGUUGGGAGAUUAGGGCAGAGAAGGGGAUACUAGAGGAUAUCAAGAGUGGAUCGUACUUGAGGGUGGCGGAAGAGCUACGCAAGGCAACAGCCUGAUCUUAGAAGUAGCAUUACAGCUAUAUAUCCAGA